GUGUAAAGUUGCAGUAACGUCGUGUACGGAGUAUUUUCAUCAAGGGCUCCUUUUCUGGCUGUUAUCAACGCGAGCCUCGCCUUUCAAAGCCGAUUAGCGACGACGGCAAAAUGUGUUGCUGCGCUAUGGCAAUCUUUAAGAAGGUCGUCGUUGGACUAUGCUCAUUAUUGAAGGUCUUCCUUGCGACAGCAAUUAUUGUUGUCGUCACGCUAAAGCUGUACAACGUUGACUUUAAAGUGGCUGGACUGAGCAAUCCACUUCAUGCAGAAUGUCUGUUGUCCGGCGAUGUGCGCGGUGCCAACGUGUGCCUAUACACAUACGCGGUGUGCGGCCUGUCGCUGCUAGUCUCCAUGCUGCUAUCGACCCUUAUGUGCUUCACAUGCAAUUGCUGCGGGCUGGGCGGCUGGCUGGAGUUCAUCGUAGCAUGCUUCCAGUCAGCAUGGUGGAUCAUUGCCUCCAUCGUGCUUGCCAAGAAGGUCAAGGACAGCAAUGACCUGGGCCUAGCCAACGAGGGCUGGCGGGACGCGGUGGUGGUGAUGACGUGGACCUGCGCGGCGCUGGCGCUGGUGACUGCCCUUGUCUGCUUGGUGGACGCGUGCAAGUGUCUACGGGAGUGCUGCAGCUGCUGCUGCAGAGGCGAAGACGACGGGGACCACAAAUCCAAGGUCAUGACGGCGUAGAGAAGCCGUCUUCGUAGCUGGAGGUGACGCUGGCGGGCUGUGAAGGGCCUGGAGCUGUCUGGCCUGGGGGGCUGGACGCAGGGGAGUUGAGGACAGGUUGUAGCUUGUGCAGGGCGGUGCUCCUGGCUAUGUCGGCCGUUUAGUGGAUGUACAUGUCUGUGACCUGCUGGGGCUCCAGCGCAGACGCCCUACUCGAAGAGAACUGUUUCUGCUUGGUUAGGCCCACGCACGGCGUUGCGGCCUGGCUGGUAGUUAGUUGUUGCCUUGUCUUGCUCGCUAGCAGAUGCCCGGCGGGGUGCGGCUGCAGAGGGCUGGAUUUGUGGAUUUCGGAUGCGCGCGGUCAAUUGGUGGGUGGAUGGCCCGGCUGAUGGAGGCCACUACGUUGGUUUCAUACUCGUUUGUGAUUUGUAGUAACACCGCAGUCCGUCAAGAAUCCUG